CUGCACGAUAGCAACCCCGCCUCGCAUCCGAAAAAUCUUCGCCGAUGUGGUAAUCGGGCACGCCGUGGCCUCAUAUCAGCAGCAAGCAGCACUAGCGGCCCCACACUUAUCGUGUCCAACUUCCGCCAAUUGACGCUAGUAUAUAACCCUCGCCCUUCUCUCGCCCUCGUUAAAGCUUUGGUGGGCCGUCUGCUACAAUAAUUCCUAGCCGCAGUCAAGCUCGAAGCGCCGGAAAACGCGAACGAUGCUCUCGCCAUCGCCAUACAGCCCGCUGCCCAUUCCGCCCGAGCUCACCGAGCACACCCUCGCCUUCCUCGCCCCUCAGUCCGUCGCCGCCUUCGCCCAGACCUGCCGCGCCGCCCACGCGCUCGUCUACGCCGCCGGCGACCAGUUCCUCUGGCGCCAGCUCUUCCUCGCCCGCUUCGACGACCCCCGCCGCGCCGUCCCGCCGCCCGUCUUCCCCAGCGACCCCGAUUCCACCUCUGCCUCUGCAACAGCUUCGGGGGGAUACGACUGGAAGGCGGCGCUCCAGGCGCGCGUCGCCGCCGAACUCCGCCCGGACCCGGCCGUAUUCCUCCAGGCGCUGCGCGAGGCCCCGCCUGUGCGCACCGAGUACUACGCGGAGCCGUCGCUCAACACGCGAUGGGUUACGGAGACCCUUCAAAAGCAAAGAGAGAGGGAGGGAUACGUGCUCGACAGCCCGUCGCUGCGGUACAACCAGGACGUGAUGCAACUUCGGGCGUACCUCGCGCUCGCGUUUGAGCUCGAUCAGAAGGAUAAGCUGGAACGCCGCACGAGGGAGGAUUUAGGGCCCGGGCCGGCGAUGCUGUUUACAGUUGUGCCCGGACAUGGCCGCGACUCGGAGGGCGAGGAAGAGAGCGAGGAAGAGAGCGAGGAAGAGUGUGAGGGUGAAGAGGAAGAGGGAAAUAUGGACAUCGAGGAUGGCGAUAUCUUGGGCGGGCAAGAAGUCGAGGGGGAUGGGGGCAUACGUGGUGGAGAAGAAGUUGAGGAUGGCAACGUCGAGGGCGGCGACAACGAAGGCCCACAGCAUAAUGCGGGGGGCACGGUGCGCGUAUGGCACUUGGAUGCGAACCCGGGAAAUCAUCACGACGACAACGACGACGGCGACAACGACGACGAUGCCGUGCCCGUCCCGAUCCCGAUCUACCAACCCGGCGAGAACGACAACGGCGCUGGUGGAAUCGACUGGGCCGCCAUCCAGAACCAGGUCGCGCAGGGCCCCGGCGUCGUCGACAUCACCAACCUCAACCUGAACUGGGACGAGAUCGAGGGCGGCGAGGUCACGAGCGCGUUCACGAUCUUUAUGCCGCCCCCGCCGGGCGCGUUCGCCGAGCACGCCGCGUCCACGUCUAGGACUAUCACCGUUACGGCUGGAUCAUCGUCCUCGGCGGAGAGCGCUGCCCAGGCUACGGAGAUCGAGGAGACCCGGCAGAGGUUCGUGCUCGCGCAGCGCCUGCGUCGCGCGCUGAGGGCCGUGCGCGUCCGCGCACGAUGUUUCGUAUACGACCUCCGUCACUACACCGCCGAGAACAACUACGGGCCGUUCAACGCGGACGGCUCGGUCAAUUGGAUCCACGUCGAAGCGAUGAUCACCGUCAUCGCGCUCAACCUGCGCGACCUGCCGGACCUCUGGCGCGCGAACCGGCCCCCGACCGGGUUCGACGCGGCGCGCGCGUACUCGGCCCCGGGCACGGCGCACCUUGCUCCCGCUCCCGCGUCGCUCGUCCUUUCUGGCACCGCCGUCGACGACGGUGUAGGUGCGGGCGAGGUGGAAGGGAAGAGUCGAGAUAAAGGGAAGGGGAAGCAGAGCUGGGAGUUUGAUUCGGCGAGCGGCGGAGGGGAGGCGAGUGGAGGAGGUGGGCUGGUGCUCGGUGCGCGGGGGGGAGCGAGGGACUGGGCGGGCGUCGGGGGAAGGUGGAAGCGGUUCGUGUGUUUUAUGGAUUAUCGGGAUCUGUAUGCAUUCAACUACUCCACCACGAUGAGCGGACCGCGCGACCCGGGGUUUUUCGAGGAUUCGCAGUUUAUGGAGGCGACGAGGCAGAUCGUGAUGCAGCUCUCUGUCGACCUCGACUGGGACCCGGAUAGCCUCGGGGAAGUGUAUCCCAUCGGUUAUCCCCCGAUCAAGUUCUCGGGUGUGUCGGCGGGCUCGAACGGGAACGAGGCGACCGUGAACGGGUACGUGCGCAUGGCAAAGGACGGCGCCGUGCGGUGGAGUUGGCUUCACAAGUCGUCGAACGUGAACGGUCAGGCGCAGUGGAGCUCGGAAGGCGUGCAGCUCGGCGGGGUGUGCAGCGCGAUGGGCGUCAUCGGCGCCUGGGGCGCGUCGCACGAGAACGGUGAUCCCGCGGGCCCGUUUUGGAUGUGGCGCGUGGGCGACGACGAUGCGCGGCUCGACAGCCCGGACGAAGAAUAGAAGAGAGCCUAAAGUUUCUUCGCACCUCGAGCGUAUGGACGAGUGGGGACGUACCGGGAGGGAAAACUGGGUGCCCCUUGGCGAUGGAAUUGAAUUUCGUACGUCACCCCCGCAGCGAUAUGAUUUGGCUCUGGCUUUGGUGGAGUGCAAGGUUGGGAAACAUGUAAUCAGGGAUUUGGGUUGCGCGGUUAUGGCUUUGUUGUUGUCGAAUGCGUAUGCUUGGUCUCGUCGUCUGUUUUUCUGCUAUGUUACUUUGUAACAGUAGUGAUAUACGAUCUAGUCUUGUCGUAU